UAUAAAUAAGAAUUUGUUCUUAACUGACUUGCACAGUUAAAUAAAGGUUACAUUUAAAAAAUAUAUAUACAUUGUAUGAAUAGGCGGGGUUUAUGACUUUGUGCUAACUAGUGACGAUACCUGAGCGGAGUCCCCAUAUUAGUUUUUUCUGUAGCAACGGAAGUUCGGUUGAAAACCGGAAACAUCCGUGUUGUCUCGACCCCGCGUAGAGUGCUCUUUGACAGACGGAUGACAGCUUCCUGAGCAAGUCCUACUUUGUUUAUGUCACGUAGCUAGCUAACUGACGGCUACAAAAGUGCUUUGUUUUCUUAUUAAGCGGAUUACUGCACUGAUACAUACAUUUCUGGCAUAGAAGGUGAAUCUAGAUUUACAUGAUCCGGGGUUGUUUGGUACGAACGCCUCUGGUGCCGUUAGGAGAAUGAACUCCAUCACCGGUCGGGAUCACCCUGUACCCGCCUCCUCUGUCAACUCUGGAGCCUCAUCUUCUCGAGGCUUGCACGUAGAACUCACAUCUCAGCAGAGGCGGUUACGUCAUCUCAGAAGCAUCGCAGCCCGCAACAUCGUCAACAAGAAUGGCUCUCCACUGUUGGACACAUAUUUUACCCUUCAUCUCUGCUUAGAGGACUGGAUAUCCAGAGACUUUUACAAGAGUGAAGUCAUCCGAGAUUCAUUGAAUCCAACAUGGCGGAGCCUGGACUUUGGCAUGCUGCCGGACCUCCUUGACACAUCUGUGUCCUGCUUCGUGGUGAGGAUCUGGGGCGGUUGGGAGGAACAGUUCACACUCCUCAUAGAGUGGAAGGUCAACCUGGAUGGGCUCAGAUACACAGGGCAGCAGAUCCGCUCCAGGAAUCCAAAUGAAAUCAUAUUUGGAUUGAAUGAUGGCUACUAUGCAAGUGACUUUGAUCAUAAGGACCACUCUGAAAGGAAGAAGAACAGUUUACUCCUUGUGGACCAGAGUUCAGUGAGAAACUCCUACAGUGUCUUCUCUCUGCUGAGGCUCCACACAGCACAGAGAGCCAUCAAGCAGACCCAGGUGACGGUGCAGAAGAUCGGGAAGGAGAUUGAGGAGAAGCUGAGGACGACAGUGGCCUGCAACGAGCGGAAGAAGGAGCGGGAGUGUAUGCAGAUGCGUCUCGGGAUGCUACGAGGUGAGCUGGAGAGACAGAGGAAGGUGCUGGGCCGGGAGACAGACCUGCGGCAGAAGGAGAGAGCACAGCUUCAGAAGAAAGAGGAAGCGUUCUCCACCAAACACCACAGUCUGGGGAUGGAGAGGGAGUCGUUAACAGAGCAACAUAAAGAAUGCACUGCCAAAAGAGAGCUGUUCCUCAAGUCCAACGCUCAGCUCACCUUCCGCUGUCGUCAGCUCCUCUCUGAGCUGUCCUACAUCUACCCCAUCGACGUGGUCACCACGGCCGCUAAUCAAUCCGAUUAUGUCAUCUGUGGAGUGAAGCUGCCCAACUCGGAGGAUUUCCAAGCGAAGGAUGAUGGGAGCGUUGCGGUUGCCCUGGGUUACACGGCCCACUUGGUACUGAUGAUCAGUUGCUUCCUGCAGAUCCCUCUCAGGUAUCCUGUCAUCCACAAAGGCUCCCGCUCUUCCAUCAAGGACACCAUCACAGACAAGCUCAGUGAGAAGGAGCGAGAAUUCCCACUUUACCCUCGAGGAGAGCGUUUUCAGUUUGAGUACGGAGUCUACCUGAUCAACAAGAACAUCGCCCAGUUGAGAUACCAGCAUGGCCUGUCCACUCCAGACCUGCGCCAGACCCUGCCCAACCUCAAGAACUUCUUGGAGCACGGCCUUCUGGUCCGAUGUGACCGGCAUCAUGUCUCCAGCUCUAUCCCGGUCCCGACAGGAGCCAAGUCUCAGAUCAGUGUCUCAGCUGCGUCAGAGGUGGGUUUCCCCACCGACACCAGCUCUCCAGACCGGUGCUCACUGAGGAAGAGGGCCAGCUCUGAGGCCGACAAGCAGAAGUACAAAGCCUCUCUUCCUCCCAGCUACAACACGGCCAUGGCCAUAGACCAGCCCCAGGGGGGCCUGCCGCCGCCCUCCCCCUCCCUCAAACACAUGUCCUCCUCCCUGGACGCUAGCAUCGACCUGGCCAAGACUCUGGAGGUCCAGGCACAGCAGACACCAGCCCCAGGAGAGGAGGAUGGAGACGGAGAAGUAGAGGUGGUGGAGGUGGAGCAACUGCCUUCCACCACCACAGGAGGCUCAGAUUGCCCCACUCCGGCUCGGGACAGCACCAUUGAGGAACUGGAGGAGGUGGCACUCACCAGCCAGCAGAAUACCAUGAACGGCUCAGUGGUGCCAGGCUACGGGCUGGCGGGGCCCACAAUUGGGCUAACAGUGACCAUGGCAUUGAACCCAGAGUUGUGUUGCUCGGUGGAGCAGGCAGAGGAGAUCAUGGGGACUGAGGCCACAGGCCUGGGACUGGGGGACGGGGCCAGGCUGGAGGACUACCCCUGCAUCCCCGUGGAGCACGCGGUGGCCGUGGAGUGUGAUGAGCAGGUGCUGGGCGAGCUGGAUGCCGCCGGCUUCGAGGAGUUCUCCCGCCGCAUCUAUGCACUAAAUGAGAACAUGUCCAGCUUCCGCCGGCCACGCAAGAACUCCUCUGAGAAGUGACAACAGGAGAGCAGGACCUGAGGGGAGGGCUGGGCUGGGGGGUGAGGGCAGGACUGGAGUCACAGGACACAUGAGUCAGGGACAUGAACUUAGUGGAGAGGAGGAGGGGUCCUGUGUGUUUUGGUGUGUGUGUCACUCUCCCUCUCUCCAUGCAUCAAUAGAAAUCAAACAUAGGAACUACGGUAUUUGGAAUGUGACAAAUUUGCACUUCUCGAAAAACAUGUAUAUCAGAGGAGGCUGGUGAGAGGAGCUAUAGGAGGACAGGCUCAUUGUAAUGACUGGAAUGGAAUUCAUGGUACAGAGUCAAACACAUCCAACAUAUGGAAACCACGUUUCACUCCGUUCCAUUUUUUCUAUUGCAGCCAUUACAAUGAGCCUGUCCUCCUAUAGCUGUUCUUACCAGCCUCCUCUGAUUUCUAUAAUCCUUUGAAAUGAAAUAAAGCAAAUGUUUGUGGUUGAAACACUUCCGCAGCUUUCUUUUUUCAGGAUGCAUGGCAAUGCUGUGGAAGGGAGGGAGGGAGGGGUGUUUGUGUUGUGACCACCUUUAAACACACAAAAUGUAUCCUUCCUCCCUUCCUUGAAGUAACCAGUAAUCUAACAUGAGCAGCUUGAUGAAAGCUAUAGAGUCUUCACUUGUACCUGUCCAGUCCUUGUACCUGUCAGUAAUAACUUCAAGGGAAGGAGAGAUGAAUUUGAACAAAGCCAGGGUCUUCAGCAUGGCUGACAGAGGAAAGGAGGUACAGCAAAUUGACCGGUCACUAGGCCAGGGCAGCUUAGACCGUUGGCCCAAUCAGAUACUCCGUAACUGUUACGCCCUGCACCUCCAGGUCCAACAGCCAUUGGACAGGGCUGCCCUGUUUUUAUCUCAAGGGACCAUGACAUGUGGGAGGGAGGCUUGAGCUCAUGGCACAUGGCAGGGAUACAGUGCAAUUUCUCUGUCUUCUCCAUACCCGUUUUUUAUUUUUUUACUAUUUUAAUAAGCCCCAUUAAUAUAAGUAUUAAUAUAAAGUCUAAUAAUUCACAUAUUAUUCAAUAGACCAAAAACAUUUCUGGUGUGUACUUAGGGUCGGAAACUUUCCGUUAAUUUUCUGGAAUUUUUCCGGAAAUUUUCCAUGGGAAUUUAAGCC